UCCAGGGCGUCACCAUCUGAGGGGACGUCGAUGAGCCACCAGGGUUGCGACGAGGAAAAGGCCCACCGAUGGACCUGGCAGGCGGUACCAAAUAGCUUACCUUGGGUUGGAUUGCCCGGGCCGAAUCAAUUCAACGUGACCUACCUGAGUGUAAUUGAGGUAGGUACCUUGACUUCUAUGACCCAACCUUCCCGACGACAGGUGCGGAGAAAGUGCAAAGUGCGGAGUGCAGCGUGCAAAGUUGCAGCUGCCCUGCAGGGUACCCGGGGUUCUCAACCAUGGAAUCGAAGACUCAAGAAAAAGCUUCUCCUUCCUAAUACGACAAAACCCAAUCCUAAGCACGGAAGAAUUCUACAAAGGCGCAGGACCUUGGCUCUCAAGUUUGUUAAAUCACCCAGUUGCCUGCCAUGUUUUCCUCCUUCCUUGCAUCCCAUCUCCCCAUCUCUUAUCCCCCAUCCCUUCCGCUGCACCCAGUUUUGCACAUCACGAGGGCUUCAAUAUGGCACCGCGGCUCUCGGUGACGGCAGCAUUGGCUGCCCUCGCGUCGAGCACUGUUGCGCUCUACAUCAAUGGGUCUGUCAUCGCGCCUUGUGACUCGCCGCUGUACUGCCAUGGCGACAUCCUCAAGGCAAUCGAGCUUGCACGUCCCUUUCAAGACUCCAAGACAUUCGUUGACAUGCCCACGAUCCGGCCGGUUGAAGAGGUCAUUGCCGCUUUUAACCGACUGUCACAGCCGCUGAGCAACAACUCGGAGCUCAAUGCGUUCCUCCAGGCCAACUUUGCACCAGCCGGCGGCGAGCUCGAGGAGGUACCAGAGAGUGAGCUCUCGACUAAUCCCGUCUUCCUCGACAAACUCAAUGAUACUGUCAUCAAGGAGUUUGUUGCAAAGGUCAUCGACAUCUGGCCGGAUCUCACCAGACGCUAUGCCGGCCCGGGCAACUGCUCAGAAUGUGCUGACAGCUUCAUCCCCGUGAAUCGGACCUUUGUGAUAGCUGGUGGCCGCUUCCGCGAACCCUACUAUUGGGAUUCAUUCUGGAUCCUUGAGGGACUUCUCCGCACUGGCGGCGCCUUCACUGAGAUCUCCAAGAACAUGAUUGAGAACUUUUUGGACUUUGUCGAAACCAUUGGCCACAUACCCAAUGGAGCAAGAAUCUACUACCUGAACCGGUCUCAGCCACCUCUCCUGGCGGGAAUGGUCAAGAACUACGUCGACUACACCAAUGACACAAGCAUCCUCGAGAGAGCUCUACCGCUCCUGAUCAAAGAGUAUGAGUUUUGGACCAACAACCGAACCGUACAAGUGACGGCAUCGGAUGGGAAGACGUAUACGCUCCACAGGUACAAUGUCAAUAACAAUCAGCCCCGUCCAGAGUCGUACCGGGAGGACUGGAUCACUGCCAACAACGCGUCCUAUUAUGCUGCGUCUGGCAUCAUCUAUCCUGUCAAAACACCGCUGAACGAAUCCGAGAAGGCUGCACUCUACUCCAACCUGGCCAGCGGUGCCGAGUCGGGGUGGGAUUACGGUACCCGGUUCCUCAUGCGGCCCGAGGACGCCGCAAGAGAUAUCUAUUUUCCCCUCCGCCAUCUCAACGUCCGCGACAUGGUUACGGUGGAUCUCAAUGCAAUACUGUACCAAAACGAAGUCAUCAUCAGCGAAUACCUCGAGCAGGCAGGAAACAACACUGAAGCGGAGCGUUUUGCUUCUGCCGCCCGCCAGCGAAGUGAGGCUAUGUACGCACUGAUGUGGAACGAAACUCUCUGGUCCUACUUUGACUACAAUUUGACGAGCAACUCGCAAUACACAUUCAUCCCUGCCGACGUCAACGCGACGGCUGCCGAGAAAGCGAACGCGCCGGAAGGGCAAAAGGUCAUUUUUCAUAUUGCGCAGCUCUACCCGUUCUGGACAGGGGCAGCACCGGACCAGCUCAAGAACAACCCGCUUGCCGUGCAGAAGGCCUACUCGCGUGUGGCAGAGAUGCUCGACAUCAAGCCGGGCGCUAUCCCCGCCACAAACUUUAUUACGGGCCAGCAGUGGGAUCAGCCCAACGUGUGGCCGCCGUUGAUGCACGUCCUGAUGGCGGGCCUCCUCAACACUCCGCCGACCUUUGGCGAAGACGAUCCGGCGUACCAGGCCGUGCAGGCUCUCGCGCUGCGCCUCGGUCAGCGUUACCUUGACUCGACCUUCUGCACGUGGUACGCUACGGGAGGCGAAACGAGCCAAACGCCGCGACUGCAGGGCGUCUCCCCGGACGCCACGGGGACCAUGUUUGAGAAGUACGCCGAUAACGCCAUCAACGUCGCUGGCGGUGGCGGCGAGUACGAGGUCGUCGAGGGCUUCGGGUGGACCAACGGCGUGCUGAUCUGGGCGGCCGAUGUCUUUGCCAACGGCCUGAAGCGCCCGGAUUGCGGCAACAUCACCGCCGCGCACACCCAUAACGGCGCCAAGCGGGCGGUGGAGCUGCAUCCUAGGGACGCCGCGUGGACUAAAAAGUUUGGGAAGCGGGCUUUGAAGAAAAGAGCUUAGCGGAAAAGGGGGGAAAGGGGAGGUUGGGUAUUGUUUUUUCUGAUUAGAGCUCAUGAGAUAUGACUUUCUUCUAUAUACUCUUCGUUUCAGCAUCAUGAUGCCUG